AUGAUCAAACAAGGGCAUCAGACUGAUCAAACAAGGACUUCAGAACGAUCAAACAAGGACUUCAGAACGAUCAAACAAGGACUUCAGAACGAUCAAACAAGGGCAUCAGAACGAUCAAACAAGGACUUCAGAACGAUCAAACAAGGACUUCAGAACGAUCAAACAAGGACUUCAGAACGAUCAAACAAAGACUUCAGAACGAUCAAACAAGGGCAUCAGAACUAUCAAACAAGGGCAUCAAAACGAUCAAACAAGGGCAUCAAAACGAUCAAACAAGGACUUCAGACCGAUCAAACAAGGGCAUCAAAACUAUCAAACAAGGGCAUCAAAACGAUCAAACAAGGGCAUCAGACCGAUCAAACAAGGACUUCAGACCGAUCAAACAAGGGCAUCAAAACUAUCAAACAAGGGCAUCAAAACGAUCAAACAAGGACUUCAGACCGAUCAAACAAGGGCAUCAGACCGAUCAAACAAGGACUUCAGACCGAUCAAACAAGGACUUCAGACCGAUCAAACAAGGACUUCAGACCGAUCAAACAAGGACUUCAGACCGAUCAAACAAGGACUUCAGACCGAUCAAACAAGGGCAUCAAAACUAUCAAACAAGGGCAUCAAAACGAUCAAACAAGGGCAUCAAAACGAUCAAACAAGGACUUCAGAACGAUCAAACAAGGGCAUCAAAACUAUCAAACAAGGACUUCAGAACGAUCAAACAAGGGCAUCAAAACGAUCAAACAAGGGCAUCAAAACGAUAAAACAAGGACUUCAGGACGAUCAAACAAGGGCAUCAGAACGAUCAAACAAGGGCAUCAAAACGAUCAAACAAGGGCAUCAAAACGAUCAAACAAGUACCUUCAAGCCAACGAUCAAACAAGGGCAUCAAAACGAUCAAACAAGGGCAUCAAAACGAUCAAACAAGGGCAUCAAAACGAUCAAACAAGGACUUCAGAACGAUCAAACAAGGGCAUCAAAACGAUCAAACAAGGGCAUCAAAACGAUCAAACAAGGACUUCAGAACGAUCAAACAAGGGCAUCAAAACGAUCAAACAAGGGCAUCAAAACGAUCAAACAAGGGCAUCAAAACGAUCAAACAAGGACUUCAGAACGAUCAAACAAGGGCAUCAAAACGAUCAAACAAGGGCAUCAAACUGA